CCGCAGUUGGUGUUAUGGCGUAACGUGUGCGCGCACGUAUAGGUACAGACCACAGGGCAUUUCGUGAAGGAGCAGCAAGAAGCGGAGCGAGAGAGAGAGAGAGAGUCGCGUUGGCUAUUGCGAAGCCAAGCGCAUUCACUCGCCCUGCACUCUGCAGCGUGUCUCGGCCAGACCCGGCCCACUCCAUCAGUCGCGAGAUUCGAAACAGCCGAACCGGCGCACCUUACGUUUACUUCCAUAGCACUUCUUUUGACCGCUCGAGAGACUCCUUCGCUGAAAUGGAUGAACCUGAUAUUCCAAUGUUGGAUGUGGGUGACUUUGAGGUUUUGGAUGAGUGUGCUGGAGAAGAUGAUAAUGAAGAGGACUGUGAUGUACAGAGUUUUUGUGGUACUUACGUCGAGGAGGAAGACGAGGAGGAGGAUUAUGAGCACGAAAAUCCCAAGCGUAGAGCUAGCCAAAUGAAUGACUCUCAUGUAGACGACAAUAGCGGAGAUAAUACAGAUAAUAUUCUGGAUGUCUCCAUAGAUGUAGCUGAAAAUGAAUUUUUAGAGAACGUUGCCAAAGACUUCUCUGAAAACAUUGAGGAUGUCGUUGAAGAGCAGACUCCAAAGUCGAGAUACAAUCUUAGAAGAGGUGAACCAACUGUUCAAAUAAAGAAGCUACCAGAAAAAAAGGUCACCGAUAGUAAAUCCGAAGCACCAACCCCUAAGAAAAAGCCAGGACCCAAGUCCAAGACCAUGAACGUUCAGUCUACCCCAGCCAAGAAACCCAUACAAAAGAUCAGCUUUACCAAUGACAAUGAAAAGAAAGGAGAAAAAAAGACAGCUCAACUAACAGAAAAUAAAAAAGAAGCUGACAAAAAUGAGAGUGAAAUUCCAAAGGCAGCCAAUGCAACACCCCAAAAACCUAAGGAGAAGAGUCAACAAAACUUACAAAGAAAGACACCUGCAUUCUUAAAAAAGGAUUUGACAGAUGAAGAGAUAAUGAUUCAUUUUGAUGAGAUUGAAAAUACAGUUCUAACCUCUGACAGUUUUGUCAUCGAACAUGAAAUUGACCAAUCAAUGCAAGAAGCUGAUAAUAACAAAAGUGAAAAUAACGAAGAUAAAAAAGAUGAUGAAAAACAAAACGAAGACAAAAAAGAUGAAGAUAAAAAGGAUGAAAAUAAAGAGGAAGAGGAAAAUUGGGACGAAACAUGCGACAAAAACAUAAAGAAUAAACCAGAAAUAAAAAUUGAGGAGAAAGAAUUCAAAGAAAGCGAAAUGUGGUACAAGGAAAAAAUAAAAGCGAAAGAAAAUUCUGUAGAAGAACGAUUCACAAAGUUAGCCAAAAUUAUACAAUAUUCAUAUCCAUUGUAUAAAAAGUGGUUAGAUCGAAACGAAUCACUGUUUGGAACAGCAAUUUGUAAAGUUGAAUCUUCUAGACAUAUUCCAUUAGAUCAGUUACAUCCAAAUCGUUGGAAAUUCAUAUGCAACAAAAAGAAUAUUCAACAAACUUCGAAGGAUGAGGAAACGCAAGCUGACAAUACAUCUGAUAACAAGAAUGCCCAGUCGAGCUGGCAAAUGAUUCCUGGUGUUGCCGAUGCUAAUAUGGAUAACACCGAAGAAUAUCCACCUUUCGUAAUGCGCGUUGUAAAGGUAUUUGAAGAAUUUCUAAAAUCUCUAGAAGAAUCAACUUGUGCUGAAACUGAAGAUAUCAAGAAUGAACAAAAAGAAACUCACAAUGAAGACAACAAAACUGCCUCUGAAGACAAAGAAGAAACCACUGAUAAGCCUGAAGCUGAUAAAAAAAGUGCGGAAGAAAACAAUAAAUCAUUUAUUGAAAACUUGAAUGGUUUGACGGUUUUACUGAGAUGUAAUCGUAAAGAAGAAUUAAUGAUGCACAUAACUGGAAAAAAUAUUAGUGCUGAAUUAAUGGACAAAUUCAAAGAUCUUUUUGAAAAUGGAGCUGGAAAAGACUGCAACGUCAAAUCUCUAUAUUGCAAGACGAUCAUCAAAGACAACGAUGGUGUUAGAACAAAUAAUACCUUUUUAUUUGGAUCGGAAACUCUCGAUGAUUCUAUCGGGAAUGUAAAAAUACAAUUAGCUCCAAAAGCUAAUGUAUGGGCAAACUUAGCAGGUGUUGAAGUUUUAGCUGAUGUUGUUACUAGUUAUUUAGUUCCUACACAAAAAACAACUGUAAUAGAAAUAGGAUGCGGUACAGGUCUCAUUAGUUUAUUAAUAGCUUCUAAAUGCCAAAAAGUCAUAGGUGUAGAUGUACAAAAGGAAAUUGCAGAAGCUGAAAUUUUAAGUGAAUUGAAUGAAAUAAAAAAUGCUACAUUUUUAACUGGCAAACCUAAAUUAGUAAUGAGCCAAAUUGACAAGAGUAUUGCUACUUCUAAGGCAGUAGCUGUCAUUAAUACAAAUAAUGCGUUUGGCAGAUCUAUUGAAGUAAUAUCUUCAUUGAGACAAAUGAGUACACUGGGUCGAAUAGUUAUCAUAACUACUUUGACAAAACAGGCAAUAAGAUCAAUUUUGGAAUUAACACAACCAGCUGAUGAAAUUUACGGGAAUCCAUUCAUUCCAAUUAAAGCUUGUAUCGUAGAUACAACUCCAAAGAGUUUUGGUUUCGAAAUAGUCAUGUCUAUGGAACGCAGAACUAUGCGAAAUCUUUUGAAAGUCUCACCUGUUGAAGGUGCCAAUACUGCACCUGUUGGACUAAUUAGCAAGUCAAAACAAGCUGCUGGCUUUAAAUACAAUAGCGCUGGAAACAUAACAUUACCGCCUCACAAAAAAGGCUUGCCUUCUAAGUUUGUAAAAAGUGCUUUGGGUAAACCUGGUAGCUAUGUUCCAGGAAAGAAAUUCUUCCUAAAUCCAAAUUAUAACCCCGUAAAUAAAUUUCAAGGCAAAAGACCUUACCCUGGAAGUGAUGGUGCAACUUUCCAUCCUGGAGCAAAAAAAUUCAAACAGUUCGAUAAGCCUUAUCCAGGACCUAACAUUCGCCUUAAUCCAAUGCAUGACAAAAAGAUACGCGAUGAUGGUGACCUACGUGAAAAACUGUCUAGUGGUCGAGUUGAGUCCACCGCAAUGGCUCAGGAAAUGCAGGAACAAAAGAAAAUUCUUGAUGCUGCUAAAGAAAAGCUCACUGGCGCUGGUUCUUCUGUUGACGUUGAGACUGUCAAAAAGUUACAAGAGAUGCUAAACCUCGCCAUAGAAAAAACAAACAAAUUACAAAGUCAACUACCGCCUAGAUCCGUAUGGGAUCGCAUUGCACCACCUGAUAGUGGAUUAGAUGAAGAUCAAAUGAAAUCCAACCCCCCCAUGAGAGGACGUUUAGUUAAAGAGACAGGACCCAAAAAAAUUAUAAUUACUACUUCUAAUGAUAGAGAUGGUCCGAUGCCUCCCCCUGGCAAAAGCAAAAAAUAUGAUAAUUUGCCACCAUUAGAACCUAAUUUGAUAAUGCCAGUUAAUAAUAAACCUGAUCGUCUAAAAAUGUCCCAGUCAAUUUCACAAAAGCCAAGUACGGCACCUUAUCAAAAGCCUGGUCCUAACCGAUUCAAGGGAGGAAAUUAUCGUAAGCAAGAUAAUCAAAGUCAAGCUCCAUGGAACCGCCACAAGGCAGGACCAGGUCCAAUAGAAAGUCAAGAAAGAUGGAGUCGGGCCAGUCCACCGCGAAGAUCUCCUCCACGACAAAUUCCACCUCCUCGACAGGCAGUUAGGUCACCGCCGCGUCAAUCUAUGAGAUCACCACCGCGACAAUUAUUAAGGUCUCCACCUCGUCAGGCUUCGCCGGCGCGUCGCCCUGUCUCACCAGUUAGACGGCCAGUCUCUCCACCAAGGCGUCCAAUAUCACCUCCGCGAAGACCCGUAUCACCUGUUUUCCGCCAGCAUGCAUCUUCCUCGAGAGGUGUACCAAGCGGUGGACGAUCAGGUUCGCCCUCUCGUAGACACAAUUCUCCACCGAGGAGGCCAGUAUCUCCCCACAACUACAGAGGUUCACCGCCACGACCGAGCGUGUCUUCGAGCAGGCAGAAGUCACCACCAGCUAGGCGUUACGCUGAUGAGUGGGAUAUACCAAGUAGAAGUACCGCAGAGAGUGGAUGGCCGAGGGCUGAGAAAGAGAAGACAGGAUGGCAAGCACCAGCUAGCUCAUCAAGCACCAAUUGGAAUCAAAGCAGCAGCAAUAGUGGUAAAUAUCGUUCAGAAAAUGAUAAGUGGGACAAUCGGAGUGGUCCAGGUACUUGGAAUAAUAAAAAUGCACCACCAUCAUCACAAAAUAAUUCUGGUGGCCGCUGGAAAGAUUCUUCAGGUAACACAUUAAGUGGCACCAACUGGGAUGUAAAGAAAGACAGCGGCAUGCGAGAUAUGGGUAGACAUGAACCCAGACUUGAGCCUCGGCAAGAACCUAGAAUGGAGCCCAGGCAUGAACCUCGAAUGGAACCAAGACAUGAACUCCGAAUGGAAUCUAGACCGGAACCUCGCAUAGAACCCAGACACGAGCCUAGGAUGGAGCCUAGAAUAGAAAGCAGACAUGAACCAAGACACGAAUCUAGAAUAGAAAUGAGACACGAGCCUAGAAUGGAAUCGCGUCACGAGCCAAGACAUGAGUUAAGACAUGAGCCAAGGUGGGAGCCUCCAGAAAAACCAUUCAGAAACGAGAAAGACGAUUGGGGUGACUUACCAGAAGAUGCUAGGGAUCCAUGGGGCGAUAAUGAUCCUCCUCCUCCAUCAAAUGAAACACGUUGGGGACAGCAAAAUCAAUCCAGUACAUUAUCUAACUGGUCUGCAAAACCCAACUUUCCUAUGAGUACUAUGAGUACUGGGGCUGGGAAUAUUGGCAAUAAUGUAAAUCCAAACAUCCCAAAUGCCAACUUGAACAUGAAUAUGGGUAUGGGCAUGAAUAAUCCCAACAAAGGUGUUUGGCAGAAUGCACCUCAACAACCACAGCAACCUAAUAGAAAUCAAAAUUGGCUGCCUCCAGGUAAUUGGCAAGGUGCAGCUGUAAAUCCAGGAAAUUCUGGUGGACAAGGAGUUGGAAUGGGAGGAAUGAUGAUAGGAAAUACACUAGCUAAUUGGCAACCAUCUCAACAAAGUUUUGCUAAUUUCUCUGCAAGACCAUUUAACAAUAAUCCGUUUAUGAAUAAUAGACGUUAAUAAAUAACGUCGAUCCAUUAUAGUUUAAAACUGUAUUAAAAAAUUUUACCAGGUAGAAAAAUGAUUAAGAACCUUAAUAUAAUCAUUUUACUUCGUAAUUUUCCACGAGUUUACAUAAUGAUUGGCAUAAAUGUAAACUUUAAUAUACGUUGAUUAAUUUUUUCUUUUUUCAUAAUUUGUAUGGCCAUCGUGAAUUUUCUGUAAUUUUAAAGAUACAUUGCAAAGCUAUAUAUAAAUAUUGUAUUACUAUGUAUUUUUCAAAAUGGUUUAUGUAAUUCUAUAUUAAAAUAUAUUAUACAAAAAUAAGAACAAAUUGAAACAUUAAUUCUUUAUAAUUAUAACAAAAGGCAUUUUAAAUUUAUUGUUUGUAAAUUAUGAGGAUUAAUAUAGUUUUGUUUUAUCGAAUAAGUUAUACAUCAGUCAUGAAACCACAACUUGAUCGAUCGCAGCCACAAUGGUAACCAGCGUUAUUCCUGUACCUUUACCGUCGAUAAAGAAGAAUGUGUUCUACACCGAGUACGUAACAUGUGAAGGAUUUGAUUGAAAUAAAUAAAUAAAACAUUUUACAACAGUA